AUGGCAGAAAGACAAAAGAUCGCAGUGGUCGGAUCGGGCAUGGCUGGAUUGGCCGCUGCAUGGGCUUUACACAAUGAUCCAUCUGGCAAAUUCGAUGUCACCGUCUUUGAGAAAGGUAACGCCUGCGCCCUCGAUGGCUACUCCUAUACACCCCCCGGUGCCAAGAGCUCCCGCAUCGACAUCCCCAUGCGUGUAUUCUCAGGAGAAUACUACGCCAACCUCUUCAAGCUUGUGGCCCAGUUCAACGUCCCCGCCAAGCCACGCCGUUUCCUCUUCGUCUUCACGCGCGAGGAACAUGAGAGGCCGUAUUUUAUCCAUGCCUCCAACAAGCAUAGGAUGUUCCCUCCGAAUACAACGCCAAACCCUAGCCUCUAUCAGAGAAUUAGGCAUUUGAUCUUAUCGGUAAUCCUGGGGUUGUGCUAUGCGGUGUUUGCGUUUGGAGUCAAAUUCUUUCCGCCGGGUGUUGGCGGGCCGGGUGAUGCGGCGGGAACCGAGACUAUUGAGCAUUACUGCAAUAGGCUUUUCCUGCCGCAGUUCUUCCUCAACGACUAUCUUGUUCCCCUAUUCUCGUCCGUGGCGACUUGCUCUCACGAUGACUUCCGCACUUUCCCAGCCGUGUAUAUCACCGAUUAUAAGAAAUAUACGUCGGGCAAUGAUCACAACUCUGUGACGACGAUGCAGGCUAUGCAGGAGAAGCUCGUUUCUAACAAUCUCCGCAUCAAGCUCAGACAUCCAGUCACCAAUAUCGAGAGCCAGACUGAUGGGACCGUUAAAUGCACAAUCGUGGAUCUAGAUGAUAACAAGAAAGAAAGCAUCGAGACUUUUGCAAAAGUGAUAACUGCUACCUCUUCUCAUGCUCUCGCACACCUCUAUAAGCCGGCGAGACCAAUGGCAUCUCAACUUCCAAUUUGCGAAGCUGAGGUCGUCGUUCACACUGACUACACCAUAAUGUCCCAUGUCAUCUCCCGCAAAGGCCCCUUCGCCAAGAAGCCCCUUUCCGACCUCACCGCCGAGGAAUUCCUCGCCUCAACUGAGUGGCUCAACCCCGACGCCUCGAGUGCGGACAUCCUGGCCCUUCAAACCCGCCGCUCUCCCUCGGGCGAGGAAUGGACAGAAGCCACGCACGUUCAUAGCUCUGGUAUUCUCGUCACCGUGCGUCCAGUGAUUUACUCCAAGAGCCCAACCCCUAGCGAGGCCGUCUAUGGGAGCAUGAAUAAAACUCCCCGCCUGCCACCUGCCUAUGUCAUUGCAGAUGACAAGGUUGCCCACAAGGCUGUCUUCUACCGUAUGUUGAGCAACCCGCAGAGACGGGAGCUGAUCCGUGCGGCGUUCUCGAAGGAGGCUCCUGGGUCCGGAGGAAAGAAGGCCACGGAGAGAGAGGGGUUGUUGAAUGGUGCGACUAAGACUCAGGGGUGGAGGAACGGAGAUGGUGGAGUAUUUGCGACAGGCAGCUGGAACAACGACAGUCUUACAUUGCUUGAGAAUUGCGUAAGGACGGCGUUGACAGCCGCAAAGGAGUUGGGUGCUGAACUUCCCUUCGAGGUCGUGGAACGAACGUCAUUUUAG